AUGGGGGCCAGCGGGAGUUGCGGGCGGGCGGUGAGUGGGGGGCGCCAUGAGGAUCGGGAAUCGGGAUUGGGACCAGGACUGGAGUCUAUGAUCGGGAUUAGGACCGGGAUUGGGGUCGGGAAUUGGGGUCGAGGAUCCAGGGAAGCUGCGCCGAGAACCCCAAAGCCGCCUCAGAGCGAACCUCCCCCUCUCUCCAAGCGUCAGCCAAUAGGAAGCAAACAAGGAAGUAAAGCUUCCGUACGCGCUGGGGGCAGCCGGGGGCUGCGGGCGGGCGCCCCGCCGAUGGAUUCCCUCCUCUUCCUCUGCGCCCGCCGCGUCGUCGCCCACCGCCCUCUUCCCGUCCUUCCCGCCGAUCUCCACCCCGUCCUCUUCCAGGCGGCGUUCCUGGACGGGCGGCCCCUGGUGCUGCGGGACCUGGUGGCCGCGUGGCCGUUCCCGGUGCUCAACUUCCAGCGGCUGGUGGGGCGCCGGGAGCUGCUGCGGGACCAUCCCUGCAAGCUCUGCGUCCAGGCCGUCAUCCUGGCCGUGGUGGCGCAGCUGCGGCGGCAGCUGGAGGAGCCCGGCCACGACGCCAGCCUGCGCGUUCUGGACAUCACCGGCCUCCCGGAUUCGGCGUCCGGCCGCGCUCCGGCCGGGAUGAGCGUCUGGUCGGGCACGGUGGCUUUGGCCAAGGCUUGCGUGGAGGUGUCCAAGCACCAGCGGGAAUUCCAGCGGCGCGGAUCCAAGCGGCACAAAGGCCGCUCCGGCGCCGCCACGGCCGCGGCCGCUCCGCAGCCCCCGGGCGUCGACGUCCACGCCGACCUGUUCGUCAACGGGACGUCCUACGGGAUCCUGCGCGACGCGCUCCAGACCGGAUCCGCCGGCCCGCUGCGCCUCAAGUGCCGCGAGCUCCAAGCCGAGGAGCUCUCGGCGUCGGCCAUCGCGGCGCUGCUGGAAUCGCUGGACCCGUCCUUCCUGCGCAGGGUGGACCUGAGAUUCAACAACCUGGGGCUGGCCGGGCUCUCGGUGAUCCUGCCGCACCUCUCGCGCUUCCCGGAGCUGCGCAGCCUCAAGCUGCAGUACAGCAACGUGGACGUGCGGCGCCCCACGCCCGAGUCGGCCAUCGGCAUCCGGUGCCUGGCCGGGCAGCUGGGAAUGCUGCCCAGCCUGCGCGAGCUCAACCUGGGAUCCUCCCGGCUCUCCGGGAACCUGCGCCAGAUCCUCUGCGACCUCCAGGCGCCGUUGGAGAGCUUGGAAUUGGCCUUCUGCUCCCUCGUCCCCGCCGACCUCGCCUUCCUCUCCCAGAGCUUCCACGCGCCGGCCCUCAAGCGCCUGGACCUGAGCGGCCACGACUUCUCCCAGGGCCUCCUGGAGCCGCUGCGGCUGCUGCUGGAGGAGACCUCGGCCUCGCUGCUGCACCUGGACCUCAUGGAAUGCCGCAUGGCCGACCCCCACCUGGACGCGCUGCUGCCGACGCUGCGCCGCUGCUCCCGCCUGCGCUUCCUGGGACUCUACGGCAACUCCCUGUCCACGGCCGCGCUCAAGGAGCUGCUCCACAAGACCCUGGAGCUGCCCGACCUCCGCCUGGUGGUCUACCCCUUCCCCGUGGAUUGCUACAGGCCGGAGGGGUCGCGCUGGGGUUUGGGGGACGCGGUGGAUGAGGAGAUGGUGGCCAUGGUGGAGGUGGAGUUGGGGCGGAUGCUGGAGGGUUCCGGGAGGAGCGACCUCGUGUGGAGCUGCAACCCCUGCGGGCACGGGGAGUUGGAUUUCUUCGCGCUGUGA